CUACACGCAAUGGUCAAUCCAUUUUAUAUAUCGAUGCUAUCACCCUCAGCAUGGAUUAAAAAAUAUCAAGAUGGACAUGGUUAUGAAGAAUCCUAACCCUCCACUCGAAAGUCGCACAUUAACUUUGUUCCAAUUGAGUCGUGCACAUCGCUACACUUUGUGCCUUCCUGUGUAUGUUUGUGUUAAGAUGUGUUAAACAAUUGGAAAGCACCCAUAUAUAAUAGACUGCGCCAUCCCGUGAGAGGAGCUGACCACCACACUGAAGCGAGAGAGCAAUAGUGCGAGUAAGAGUGUCUCCGUCUAAUGUGCACGUUGGUGGGGGAAAUAAGGAAGAAAGGAGAAGAGAAGAGAAGAAUAGCUAUCAGCUAUGAGUGAGAUUUGCAGUUAGCUUGUACUAGCAUAUUUUAAACAUUUAAAAAUGGUGAGAUUUUGUUGCAUAUGUAAGGUGGAAUAUGGAGCUAUUGAGGAUGUUUCUAUUCAUACUAUCCCUAAAAGCAAAGACUUGCAAGUAAAAUGGUUUUUAAAUAUCGGCAGAAAUGUUAAUAAGUAUAGUGGAGUUUGUAGCAGACAUUUUGAAGCAAAAGAUUUCCAGUAUAGAGUUGUUGGAAAUAUUGUGAAAAGAUUUUUAAUACCUGAAGCUGUUCCAACUUUAUUGUUAACUAAUUGCAAAAAUAUAUUGAAUAAUGACACAGAAGUAAUAACUAGCUCAAAUCAAACAACGCUUUUGUUAGCAAAAACUAAUGAUGAAACAUCAGUUUUGUUACAUUCACAUCGUCAAUUACAAGCUAAAAAGGAUAAUUCACAUACAACCUUGGCAGAUGUCACAAAUAUUAAUUUACAAGAUUUUUCAUAUUCUUCUGUUAAAGCCGCUGAGAUUGAAAAUGUUAAAGUGACUGUAUCUGUUGAAAUCAAAGACAACAUUGAGCAAUUAAGUUUAAGUAAUAUACAUGAUAUUGACAAUGGAAAUACAAAUAAUGCAAUCACCGAACAUAAAUUUCAUUCAGAAAUUGUGAAUGAUAAUUGCAAUGAACCGAAUAUGCCUAUUGAUUCAGAAUGUAAUAAUAAUAUGAAGCAGAAAACUGGAUUGAAAAGGAAAUCAAAUGAACUAAUGAAGAAUGCUAAACGUAUAUACAAUCCUCGGUAUAUCGGAGAUCUACGAAAACAAGACUUUACAAAUGAAACCAGUUGGAGAAUUGUUCAUGAGCAUGUUAAAACAUGUAAAUCUCGAUGCAGGGUUUUUAAUAAAAAAAUAAAACGUCAAAACGAGAAAAUAGAAAAUUUCAAAUCAUUAUUGAAUCACUUAAAAAAGAAUAGCUUGUUAUCGAAUCUUUAACGAUGAACUUGUCAGUAUUGUUGAAUUUGAACACGAUUACAUGGGCAGUUAUGGGUGGUCAUGGAGUGAAUACAGCCAUGAAAUCGUAACAUACAUUGCUGGUUUCAUUGUGAAAAGUAUCAAAAAAUCAAUUAAAUGUGAGUUAUGUCUUGAUCAAUUAGAGAAUGACUCUACUUCUUCAAAGCUGAUAACUUUGAAAAAUAGAGUAACAAAAAAUAAGGAAACUGCUAAUUCUCUGUCUAAAAUAAAAGGGUUAAUAUUACCAAGCGAUGACGUAAUUAUUAUUUGUAAAACUGCGGAAAAAGUGUUAAGAAGUACACCAAAUGUAUUCUGUACAAAAAAUGUGCUUGGAAAAUUAAUGAUACAUGCCAAAAAACUUUUGCUUCCUUUCAAUAUUUUUUCAAAAAUGGAUAUGUUUCUUGAAGAAACGAUUUUCGAUAAUCAUAAACUAAAUUUAAUUAAUCAAAUUUUGAAUAAAUAUUUUAAAAUCCGUCUUCAUCACGAAGCUAAAUCUUCACAAGAUUUAGUGCAACGCGUUAGAACUUUCCAUAAUCGAAUGGUUUUAUUUAAAAAUCAAUAAAGACA